GUACCUCAUUGUUUAGUUGUCAAAUACUGUUGUAUCUCCACUACUAGUCAACUUCUUCUUCUUUUUACUUUCCUUUUGGCUUUUCUUGUCGUACAACAAAAGAAAAAAAAAUGUCUGAUUUAAGAGAUGUGCACGGCAACCCCAUUCCACUUACUGACGAGCAUGGCAACCCCGUUCAAUUGACUGAUGAACGUGGUAACCCCGUUUACGUCUCUGGUGUAGCCGCCAAGCAGACAGAUAUGUAUGGUGGUCAGAUGGGAUAUGAUCCCACUCUUUCCGCCGCAGCUGAGUAUCAGCAGCAGCAGCAGCUGCGGCCUCAGUACCUGCAGCAGGAGGAACAGCAGCCGCAGUAUCAGCCACAGCACAUGCAUUACGAGGUUUCCACCACAGAAGAGAUUCAGCGCUCCAACGCCUCCAGCCCUAGCUCGUCUGAGGACGAUGGGAUGGGCGGUAGAAGGAAGAAGAAAGGGAUAAAGGAGAAAAUAAAGGAGAAACUAACGGGUGGAAAGCAUAAGACGGAGGCGGGGGAAGAGGGGCAAUCACAAACCGUAACCUACGUUGCCAAAACCAGAAUCACAACAACCAGCAACGCAACAACGCCGCCGCCUGAGGAGCACUACCACCACCAUGAUCAACAUGAGAAGAAGAGUAUGAUGGAGAAGAUAAAGGAAAAAUUGCCUGGUCAUCACAGCCAUUGAAGAGCUAGCCAUGAAUAAUUUGGAUGAUGUUGUUGUGUAGUAAUUAAUAAAAUGCAUGGUUUCCAUGAA